AUGGCAUCCUCACCGCCCGCCCAAGAUAAAUCCUCCCCAGCUGCAAAGUCGCCGUCGCCAAAGUCCCCAACACCAAAGUCGCCAACCCCUGAGAACAAUGACGAUCCCAUCGAAGCCGAUACCACCCACGACGAUGGAGAUUCGACCUAUGCCGCUUCGCUCGUGUCCGACACCACCUCGUUGAGGACUUCUAUGCUCGAAUAUCGGUGGGAGAAUGGCAGGCGAUAUACCGCUGCCGAAGACUCUAGAUACUGGGGCCCCAACGACGAGAAGCAGCAAAUCGCCGAAGACCUACUCCACGAAAUGCACAAGCUCAUCCUCGAAGGAAAGCUGCACAAGGUUCCGAUUUCUGAAAUCCAGACGGCGUUAGAUGUCGGCUGCGGUACUGGUUCUUGGGCCAUAGAGUUUGCGGACGAGCAUCCGGAGUGCACCGUGACAGGUGUCGACUUAUCCCCGAUCCAACCCAGAUUUGUCCCGCCCAACUGCCGUUUCGAGGUAGAUGACAUCAACAAGGCCUGGACCUUCCCCGAAGACCACUUCGAUUACGUGCAUGUGCGCAACAUGCUUGGGACCGUGGCCAACUGGACCGACUUCUACACGGCCGCAAUCAAGCACGUCAAGCCCGGUGGUUGGGUGGAGCAAAUAGAGCUAUCCAGUUCCCCUCGCGCCGACGACGAUUCUAUCCCCGACGGUUCUGCCCUCAGUCGAUGGCCAGGCCUCUUCAAUAACAUUGGCGACAAGCUGGGUAUAAGCUUCCGGGCCGCCGAGGAGGCACGUGAGGCUCUCACAAACGCCGGGUUUGUCAAUGUGACUGAGCAUAUCAUCAAGGUCCCCCUCGGACCGUGGCCUAAGGACAAGCGGCUAAAGAGCUGGGGCCAAUGGUGCCGCUACUUUUCACUCGAGGGUCUCGAGGGCUUUGCUUUGCGCUCAGUCGUGGAUGUCUUGGGGUGGACCUAUGAAGAGGCGCAGCUUCUCUUCAUGGAGAUGCGGAAAAACCUCACGGAUCCAAGGGUUCAUGCGUACACCAACCUACAUAUCGUAUACGGGCAGCGGCCGGAAGCGCCGGUGGCGUAG